UAAUAUGAUUUUUAUAUAUUUAUUGACUGUCAUUUGAGAAAUUAAACAAAAUUUUAAAAUGUGUUCUGUACGAUGCUUUCGUCAAGUUAGCCGAACUUCGAAACAAUUGCUGCGGCUCUGCAGUAAUAAGGGCUGCAAGGAGUCCAAGAAAUGCGCUGAACUGAAAGCAGCCGGCACGUGCAAGGACUCCAUCAAGAAGGACGAGAAGUGCAACAAGGAUGACCUAGAAAAGAAGGAGAAGGACGGAUGCAAGGACAACGGCAAGGGCGACGGCAAGGAGCGAAAGAAGGUGACGCUGCUGGAAGGCGACGGCGUGGGCUGUGAGCUGAUCUCGGCUCUGAAGCAGGUCUUCCAGGUGACGGACGUGCCAGUGGACUGGGAUAUCGUGGACUGUUACAUGGAGAAUGGCAAACUGAAUCCGCGACUCCUGGAGUCCCUGCAACGCAACAAGGUGGGCAUCAAGGGGCCGAUCGACAACAGAGACCUAAAGCAUCUGUGGAAGGCGUUCGGGCUGUAUGCCUAUGUGACCCUCUGCCGGAACCUGGAGGGUCACAAGUCGCGCUACGGUGCCCUGGACUGUGUCGUCAUACGCGAUGUGAUGGAGGGAGAGUACUCGGGCAUCGAGCACAGCGUUGUUCCAGGCAUCUUGCAGUCGAUCAAGGUGAGCACAUCCGCCGGCUCCGAUCGCAUUGCCCGUUACGUAUUUCAGUAUGCGCUGAAGCACAAACGCAAGAAGAUCACGGUGGCACACAAGGCGAACAUUAUGAAGCUGACGGAUGGCAAUUUUCUCAGCUCGAUGCGCACCGAGGCCCACAAGCACCUGGAGAAGGUGAAGUUCGAGGAGCGCUACAUGGACACCACCUGCCUCAACCUGGUCAUGCAGCCCGACCAGAACGAUGUGCUCGUCUCGUCCAGCAUGUACGGCGAUGUCCUUGUCGUGAUGGCCUCCAGCAUUAUGGGCGGCAAGGCGCUCUGCCCCAGCUUCUAUGUGAGCAAGAAAGGCCUGCUCUACGACACUCUGCUGAAGCCCACCCGCGACAUAGCUGGCAUGAAUCUGAUCAAUCCCACGGGCAUGCUACUCUCGGCCACGCUGAUGCUAAAGCAUCUCAAACUGGACUCAUAUGCGGACACCAUUCGCUGUGCGGUCGAGCGGGUCUACAAGGAGACGGACAUACGCACCACGGAGCUGGGCGGCAGCUCCAAGUGCUCGGAGGUUACUGAUGCGGUCUGCAAGUUUAUUUCGGAGGGGAAAAAGUAGAGUUUUUUUUCUAACUGUUCGGUAACUUGUAUAUCGCAUGAUGGUCAUGGGCCAUUCGAUGAAAAUUGUGUAUUUUUGAAAUUAAUUAAAGGUCAACAGUCAAAAUUUCAUAGC